UGCAGAGAGAAUGCACAGAGUUUGUUUUAUGUCAACAACAAACAGAAAAUCAAUGAGUUUAAACAACAUUUCUUUUCAUGAUUGAGAGUGGAUUAAGCUGAACCGGCCACUUCAGGUCUCAUGUUACAGAGAACAUGAAUCAGUCUUGACAAUAAAAUAGACAGCCUUUGCCUGAUUCGUCACGUCUUAAACAAUGUGGCUGGAUAUGAUCAUGUCUGUGUUGGAAUCUUGCAAAUAAGGCUUGGAAACCCAACGCUUGUUUUGGCAGCGUUCACAUCAACUGGAGUGUCGACAGAAUAGAAAGUUAUCUGAAGGAUGGAUGUGAGGUCAAAACAACUAGCUCCACUGACUUGUCUGCUCUUCAUGGUCUGCUGUUGUCAUGGUGGAAAUGUCCUGGUGUUCCCUGAGGAUGGAAGUCACUGGGUUAACAUGCAGGUUAUUCUUAGAAAGCUCCACACGCAUGGCCAUAGCAUUACCGUGGUGCGAUCAUCUAAAAGCUGGUACAUCCAAGAGAGUUCUUCAAUCUACAGCACCAUCACCAUCAACCCCAUGAAGACAGAAGAUGUCGGACCCGAUUUAUUCAAGAUGCUAUUAGAGAGGUCGCUAGCAUUGCAAAAAAUGUCACCUCUCAUUCGAUUCAUUGAACAGCAGAAAGAUAUAGCCAACAUUUUAAAGGUUUUUCACAAUGGAGCGCUUCGGAUGAUUUCUGCUAUAUUGGAAGAUGCAGCUCUUGUUGAGCAGAUGCAUGAUGCUAAAUUUGACCUGCUGCUAACAGACCCUGCUUUUCCUGCUGGUGUCCUCUUAGCCAAUUUUCUCCACCUCCCCAUGGUUUACAAUGUACGUUGGCUAAAUGCAGGAGAUGCUCACAUGGCAAUCGCUCCAUCACCCCCAUCCCACGUACCAAUGUAUAACUCAUUGCUCGAUGACCAAAUGAACUUCCUGCAGAGAACUGAAAACUUCCUGCGUUAUCUUUUCAGCCUUCUUCAGGAGCUUUGUAUCAUCAUGCCAAUUUACAGAGAGCUGCUUGAGCGUCACUUUCCCCCAGGCACAGAUCUUCUGUCUUUGCAGCAAUCUGCAGACAUUUGGCUAAUGAGAGUGGACUUUGUUUUUGAGUUUCCACGCCCCACCAUGCCUAACGUGGUUUACAUGGGCGGAUUUCAAUGUCGACCAGCUCAACCACUUCCUGUGGAGCUUGAAGACUUCCUGCAGAGCUCCGGGGAGCACGGAGUGGUAAUCAUGUCACUGGGAGCUACGGUUGGUGCGCUCCCUACAGAGGUCAAUGGGGUCAUUGCUUCUGCCUUCGCUAAGAUCCCUCAGAAAGUUGUGUGGAGGUACCACGGAGAUCCACCCUCGUCUCUCGGAAACAACACUCUUCUUCUACAAUGGUUUCCCCAGAAUGAUCUCCUUGGCCAUCCGAAGACUCGAAUGUUUGUAUCUCAUGGGGGUACUAAUGGUAUCUAUGAGGCUAUUUAUCAUGGAGUCCCUGUCUUAGCUCUGCCACUCCUCUUUGACCAGUUUGACAAUGUUAUGCGACUGCAGGUUCGAGGUGCGGCCCGUGUGCUUCAAGUCGCAACUCUGACAGAAGUAGAAUUUCUUGAAGCCCUCAAAGAUGUCCUUGAAAACCAUGCAUACCAAAAUAGCAUGCAGAAACUGUCAGAGCUGCACCGUGAUCUACCCUUGUCUCCUCUUGAUACUGCUACUUUUUGGAUUGAGUAUGUUAUGAGACACAAAGGGGCACCACACCUUCGCUCAAAGGGUAUUAACAUGGCUUGGUACUCUUACCACAGCCUUGAUGUGAUAGCAUUUCUUCUGUUAUUCCCGGUUAUUGCACUUUGGGUUUCAAUAUAUGUAUGCAAGCUUUUGUGUUGCAGGAAGUCAAUCAAAAAGAGGAAGAUGGAUUGAGUUAAGCUUCAUUUAUGAGUGUGAAAAUGUUGCAGGUAAACUCAAUUGUGCCUUUAAAGUGAUAGUAAUAGUCUGUCAUCAGUCACUCUCUUGUCAUUUAAAACCUGUAUGACUUACUUUCUUCUGCAGAACAUAAAAGAAUAUGUUUUGAAGAAAGUUGGUAAUCGUGGUGGUACCCAUUCACUUCUACUAUAUGGACACAAAACAGAUCCAGGUCAAUGGGUACCGCUGUUAUUCGGUUACCAACAUUCUUCAAAAUAUAUUCUUUUGUGUUCUGAAGAAGAAAGAAAGUCAUACAGGUGAUGAAUGAAGAGGGUGACUAAAUGAUGACAGAAUUGUCGUUUUAGGGUGAACUAUCCCUUUAACCUUUUGAUGUUCCUGUGGCUCAAUGGGUAGAGCAUUGAACCCUGUUUUGAUAAUAUAUAAUCCUGGAAUGCAUUGUAAAUUGGUUUGGAUAAAGUGAUUGUAAAAAGCAUAUUUAAUUAUAAUAAUAAUUACAAUCAACACCUUUAAAGAUAAAGUGUUUAAAAUGUGCCAAUGGUGUGGCAAAACAUAACCAUAUUAUUGAUUAAAAAACUGACACACUUCAUUUUUAAAUAAGCAUGCAUAAACCUACAAUAAAUUCAGUUCUUUCAACAAGAAUAGCUAGAUAGCACCAGCAACAUUUAUGACACUCCCCGUUAUCAGUUUUUUAGCUGUGCAAAAUAUUGUUUUAAAUAUUUGGUGUUAUUUUCAUUUAGUUUCUACAACUCCAAAGUAGAAAUAACUAUAGUUUUGAGUAUGAUUGUGACUACAUAAAUAAUUAUUUUGAAUAAUAAUGCAUAACUAUCUUUGUAUUUCUUCAUUUCAUUUGUAUAAACUGUAUGCAAAAUCUAUCAUUUGUGUUAUCUUAACCAUCUUAUCUUAUCGAAGCCUACACACUGUAUUUAUUCUUAUCAACAUAGUCUAAUGCCUGUAAAGAGGCCAAAAAGAUUCAUUUCCAUUUUAGCCUUGACACUACUCCCACUGUGAAUGUGUUUCCAAUCAUCAUUAAAAGUUC